UUUUGAGGGGUCAACACUCACCAACUCAACACUCACAGCUGCAAAUUAUUGUUGUUCAAUGCUGCCCAGAGGGCACUGCCUCCCCUUUUGUGCGAUCAAGCGCGAAACAAGCACGCACAAGUAAGUCAACUGAUGAUAAGUAGUAGUCCAACCGUCCAGCAACAGGUAGGGGACAUUUCUUCCGUAAUUUAACAUGGGUCGGAUUCUUGCUCUACCAAUGUAAGCUAUUAUAAUAGGAUUUCGGGAAAGCGGUGGUCAGCGAGACAUAUCCGACAAGGCAGCGGCUUUAGUACGUUUUUUGUUGUUGUUUUUUUCGCUCACCGCAUGCAGGCUCUGUUUUGUCCCACUUCAUUUAUCCACCAAGUCGGCAUUAGACGGAGACUAAAGCGUGUGUCCGUCCCAUUGAUGAGAAAACAAACCAGGCUACAAACAGCAUGUCAUCUCCAGACAAGACAACCCAAAGGAAUGAAGUCCUGAAUAACAUUCGGAGGUCCUCGAUGGUGGCGGGACAUGGGAGAAAACAGACGGAGUUUGAGAUGUCACAAGCCGCGUCAGCCUCACAACCUGGGGCGCUUAUUUCUAACAACAGGUUUCUGUGUGACGCCGAGGGCAUCACCAUUCACACAACUGUCACUCGACCGUCGGUGUCUCACCUACCCGGGCUCAAUCUCAACCCCCGGAUGUCCGUAUACAGCACAACUCGUCCAGUUACCGUCAGCCGUGCUUACAUUCAAGGACGCGCUUAUAACUUUCUGGAAAGACCAUCUGGGUGGAAAUGCUUCGUGUAUCACUUCUCGGUGUUCCUCAUCGUGCUCACCUGUCUUGUCCUCAGUGUGCUCUCUACUAUAGGGCAGUAUCAGGCUCUGGCACAUGGCACGCUCUUCUGGGUGGAGAUAGCGCUAGUGGUGUUAUUCAGUGUGGAGUAUGGUGUGCGGCUGUGGUCGGCAGGGUGCCGUAGUAAAUAUGUUGGCGUCUGGGGCCGGCUGCGCUUUGCCAGGAAGCCUAUCUCCAUCAUCGAUUUGAUUGUAGUGGUGGCCUCCAUCAUCGUACUGGUAGUAGGCUCCAAUGGACAGGUGUUUGCCACAUCUGCUGUCAGAGGGAUUCGCUUCCUGCAGAUUCUGCGCAUGCUCCAUGUGGACCGGCAGGGAGGGACGUGGCGUCUGCUGGGCUCUGUGGUCUUCAUCCACAGGCAGGAGCUCAUCACUACGCUGUACAUUGGUUUCCUGGGGCUCAUCUUCUCCUCCUACUUUGUGUACCUGGCAGAGAAGGAUGCUGUGGACAGCAAUGGAGCCAAUGAGUUCGAGAGCUACGCUGACGCCUUGUGGUGGGGGGUGGUGACCGUCACAACUAUAGGCUACGGAGACAAGGUGCCUCAGACGUGGAUUGGUAAAACCAUUGCAUCGUGUUUCUCAGUCUUUGCCAUCUCCUUCUUCGCCCUACCAGCUGGGAUCCUGGGUUCAGGCUUUGCCCUGAAGGUUCAACAGAAACAGAGGCAGAAGCACUUCAACAGGCAGAUCCCUGCAGCUGCCAUUCUCAUCCAGACUUCGUGGAGGGUCUUUGCUGUGGAGAACCCUGACUCGGCCACCUUCAAGACGUUUGUGAGGAGGAGACCUGCUCUGCCCAGCUCCUCUGUAUCCAGUCCCAAGCCCAAGAAAACGGUGAAGCUGAGGAGGAAGUUGAAGAGCAGUGAGAAGGACGACGGGCCUGGUUCUCCCACUGUUCCCAGUAUCUCCUACGACUCUGUGUUCAAUAGUGGGAGGGAGCUCAGCUCUGACGUCUACAGCACUGUGUGUACAGCUGAAGCACUAGGAUGUGAUACCCAGCAGUCCUGGACCUCUCUUUCCUCCCUUACAUUCAGCUCGCCACUCCCAGUGAAAAAGACCCCUGGUUUGUUGGAGGUGCAGCCCCCUCGUCCCCUCCAGAGGAACAGCAGCUUUGGGGACGAUCUGGACCAGGAGGACCAGUGUGUUCUGACCCCAGUCACCCACGUGUCACAGCUGCAGGGGACUCACAGAGCAGCCAUCCACGUGAUCCUACGGAUGCGCUACUUUGUCGCUAAGAAGAGAUUCCAGCAAGCACGUAAGCCCUAUGACGUGCGAGACGUGAUCGAGCAGUAUUCCCAAGGACACCUGAAUCUCAUGGUGCGCAUCAAGGAGCUGCAGAGGAGACUGGACCAGUCUCUAGGGAAGCUGACCCUGUUCCAGACUAGCUCAGACAAAGCCAAAGACAAAGGCACCAACACCAUCGGCUCCAGACUCAACAGGAUGGAGGACAAGAUACAACGCAUGGACCAGACACUCAACCACAUCGCAGAGUCCCUUACCCAGCUGUUGUCUGGGACAAGCCAGGGGCAGGGGGACAUUUGGGGAGCGCAGGGGGACAUGGGGGGAGCGCAGGGGCAGGGGGACAUGGGGGGAGCACAGGGGCAAGCGAGGAGGAGGUCACAGGGUGGUGCAGGGGUCCCCAGCCAGGAUAGCCUACCCAGCUACGAGCAGCUCUCCACCCCGACCCUCCAUCCAGCCCUCAACCCCAGCCUCAGCCAGGACAAGAGCUCCUGAAUCAACCCUCCAUCUAUCCCUCAACCCCAGCCUCAGCCAGGACAAGAGCUCCUGAAUCAACCCUCCAUCCAGCCCUCAACCCCAGCCUCAGCCAGGACAAGAGCUCCUGAAUCAACCCUCCAUCUAUCCCUCAACCCCAGCCUCAGCCAGGACAAGAGCUCCUGAAUCAACCCUCCAUCCAGCCCUCAACCCCAGCCUCAGCCAGGACAAGAGCUCCUGAAUCAACCCUCCAUCUAUCCCUCAACCCCAGCCUCAGCCAGGACAAGAGCUCCUGAAUCAACCCUCCAUCCAGCCCUCAACCCCAGCCUCAGCCAGGACAAGAGCUCCUGAAUCAACCCUCCAUCUAUCCCUCAACCCCAGCCUCAGCCAGGACAAGAGCUCCUGAAUCAACCCUCCAUCCAGCCCUCAACCCCAGCCUCAGCCAGGACAAGAGCUCCUGAAUCAACCCUCCAUCUAUCCCUCAACCCCAGCCUCAGCCAGGACAAGAGCUCCUGAAUCAACCCUCCAAUCACACCUCAACCCCAGCCUCGGCCAGGACAAGAGCUCCUGAAUCAACCCUCCAUCUAUCCCUCAACCCCAGCCUCAGCCAGGACAAGAGCUCCUGAAUCAACCAUCCAUCCACCCCUCAACCCCAGCCUCAGCCAGGACAAGAGCUCCUGAAUCAACCAUCCAUCCACCCCUCAACCCCAGCCUCGGCCAGGACAAGAGCUCCUGAAUCAACCCUCCAUCCAGCCCUCAACCCCAGCCUCAGCCAGGACAAGAGCUCCUGAAUCGACCCUCCAUCUAUCCCUCAACCCCAGCCUCAGCCAGGACAAGAGCUCCUGAAUCAACCCUCCAUCCACCCCUCAACCCCAGCCUCAGCCAGGACAAGAGCUCCUAAAUCGGCCAUCCAUCCACCCCUCAACCCCAACCUCAGCCAGGACAAGAGCUCCUGAAUCAACCCUCCAUCCACCCCUCAACCCCAGCCUCGGCCAGGACAAGAGCUCCUGAAUCAACCCUCCAAUCACCCCUCAACCCCAGCCUCGGCCAGGACAAGAGCUCCUGAAUCGACCCUCCAUCUAUCCCUCAACCCCAGCCUCAGCCAGGACAAGAGCUCCUGAAUCAACCCUCCAAUCACCCCUCAACCCCAGCCUCGGCCAGGACAAGAGCUCCUGAAUCGACCCUCCAUCUAUCCCUCAACCCCAACCUCAGCCAGGACAAGAGCUCCUGAAUCAACCCUCCAUCCACCCCUCAACCCCAGCCUCGGCCAGGACAAGAGCUCCUAAAUCGGCCAUCCAUCCAUCCCUCAACCCCAGCCUCAGCCAGGACAAGAGCUCCUGAAUCAACCCUCCAUCCACCCCUCAACCCCAGCCUCGGCCAGGACAAGAGCUCCUGAAACCAAGAAACACCAAAACCACUUUGGCGCUUUUUCUCUUUGUCUUAUUCUGAGAUCAGUGUUCUUCAUGAUAAUGAACCAGCUGUGUAGUGCUAGGGCAAAAAACUAAAUGUGCACUCAGUGGGGGCCCCAGGACCGAGUUUGGGAAACCCUGCCCUAGAAAAGAACCGUAUAGACAGGAGAUUUAGCAACUCUUGGAGGACAAUCUAAUUAAAUAAAAAUAUUGUUUUAUUGUUAAAAGUGGAACCAACACGUUUCAGCUUUUGGGCUUCUACUUUAAACAAAGAUUAUUUUUUAUUUAAUUCCAAUGUCCUCCCAAGAGUUGCUAUAUCUCCUCUCUAAUUCAGUUUCCUCCGCAAUUCAUGCACCUUGGUUGUAGAGCGAGGGAGCGUCAGUGCUCCCUUCCCUAGAACAGAACAGUGCCUUAGCCUACAGGACAAGCCAGCUAGAUACACAGACAGGACAUCUUUUUCAUAGAUCCUGCAUAUGAUUAUGUUUCUGAAUUCUCAUUUACUGCAAUUGUCAAUGUUCCAGAGGGAACUUUUCUUGGAAAUGUGAGCAAGCGCCAUAUUCAAACUCUUUCCCCUCAAUCAAAAGGAAAUAAGAUGAAAGUGCAUAUAUAACAUUAUUCCAGCUGUGUAAGAGCAUUUUUACAAUGUCAAAAAGUAACGGUACUAUUCUAUUUGAUUGAAAUAUGUUCAUAUGCAAAGCAAACACUUCAGUAUAAAGGUAGCUAUGUUUUGAUGGUGAAUAUGGAAUGAUGUUCAUACUAAAAGUAAUCAGUUAUAAUAACACAAUAUGUUUUCAAAAGUUCUCCAUGUAUGUACCGUCAAAACAUAAACUGAAGUGUUGGGCCGGGGUGAAGGCUUUUAUGUAGAUUUUCAAUGCAAUCAAAUUGUGUAGCUAUCCUGUUUUAUAAAGAUUUUGCAUUGCCAAUAAAUGAAUGUGGCAAAUAUCCAUAACUUUUCUGGGGGGUGAUUAUCAAACAAUUCUGUUCAACCAUGGAUCUUGCAUCAAUAAUUAGUUAUAGAUUAUUACAUCUAAGUUAGGUCAUAUCAA